AUGCGACUUAUAAAUAUGGUAGUUUGACUUGAGGAAUCCAGAAGACGAGAAGAUGUCAUUCCCUUUCAAGUCUUCAACAGACUUUGAUCAGAGACUAACAUGUCUCAGCUUUGAUACACUGAAGUGUAACACAUAUUUAUCAAUUUUGCACAAAAUAGUAUUUGAUGAUUUGACGGAGCUGCUCAGGGAACUGUUACACCGUUCCAUUGCUGAUUAUCAAAUAGAAGAUUAUUAUAAAGCAGUUAGGGGACAGUUCACCGGUCGAUUUACUCAGAGAGAAGAAGAACUCUUUACUACUGCUGCAGGAUAUGGAUACCAAUGUUUUGAUAUUACAAUCCUAAUAAAACUUCUUAGACAUUUCCCCGAGAAAAUCCAUUUUGAAACACAUAUGUCAUCACUAGCCAGAGUAAGAAAUGAAAUUUGUCAUUUACCAAACACGGAUAUUACUCAUUCGCAGUUUGAAACAUAUUUUGAUGAGUGCUGUGAUAUAGCCUCAGCCUUGGAGGACUACCUAAAGAAACCUAAGUUAUUGGCACAGAAAUUCCAGAUUAUAUACGAAGUUAACACGCGUCCCAAAGAAGAUAGGACUGACUUGCUAAUAGAUGCAUUAACUCUUGCAUUGGCCGAACUGAAUACUGGAUUUCAGGUAGAUAAAGAAAGACUAUAUAACUUAGAGGAAAAGAUUAGUCGGAUAGAUAGACAAACAAAUGAAAGACAUAUACAAGUGGUUAAUUUAAAGAAACUAGUACAGCAAGUGAAGAACAAAUUUGAUCCUCAAGAAAAAGGAUAUUGGUAUCGAAAUGCACAAGAAGGACUAUAUAUCGAGCCUGAUAUUCUCAACCACAGAGAGACAGAACCACCUGAUAAGGCUAUACAAGAUUCUAUUUUGGACAUACCAGAAGUAGUAACAAAAUCAGUUGAAAUAGAAAGUUGGGAGAGGCACGAAAAUAUACAAAAUGUUAUUCCAUUUUCUAGUCCAACAUCACAUCUGGAGUCCUUAAAUGAAUGUGCAGACCACGAUUAUAAAACAAGUACUAACACAGAUCAAACUGCCAUAGUAACAUGUGGGGAUCAUUCUGCAGCUUUGUCAACUAUAAAACCUGUAUUUUGUGAUACAAGAAGAUCAAAUGAAAUUGAAGGAUCGGUGGUUCAUCUAAAAGGUGGAGCUUAUCAAAGAUGUGGAUUGGGUCAGUCAAGAUCCUUCCACUUCCACUUGGGAAUUGUUGAAAAUAAAAGCGUCUCGCCAAGCUCAAGUAUGUCGGUUGAUACGAUUAACCAACUUUCAGAUGAAGAGUCUGGGGCCUGUCGAAGUCAGAGUCAUGAUGAGCUAUCAAAAACAAACAAAAAACAAUACCACACGAAUCAAACUUCAAAAAGAAAACAGAAACAAGUAGGAGGCUCUUUAGCAAAUAUAGAUCUGCAUUCGGGGUAUCCACUUCCUUCUCAGGGCAACGUUUCUAACUUGAAUGGAACUGAUAUUCCUCAAAAUCAUAAAAAGCAAUCAACAAAACCACGCUGGUUGAGAAAAGGAUUAUCUUUGAUACCAUCCAAAACAAAGCAACUGUGUGACUACAUAUUUUCAUCUAAGAGAAAUAGAAAAAGUGAGAAGAGAAAAAAGAAAAACAAGAGGUUGAAUGAUCUUAAUGUAGAUUGGAGGCUGGAUGAUAGAGAACUGAAUAAAGAAUUUGAGAGUGACAUAAAUCAAGAUCGUGAGAGCUACUGUGACACUGCAGUUGUUCUCCAUUCCGAUGACGACCAUGAAAACGCCCAAAAGUUUGAAAAAAAACUACAUGUCGGAAUUCCAAAAUUGAAAAUAGAAUUUAAAGCUGAAGUGUGUUUACCAGGACAAUAUCGGUCUAAUGUGAUCCCAUAUUUGACAAGACAAUAUAUUUUUGUUCUAGUAACUCAAGACUAUCAAAAUUCCCAAUUUUUUCAGCACACAGUCAAAAGCUGCCUCGCCGAGUCUUUAAAAGAUAAAAAAUGUGGAGAGUUAAUUCCAGUUUUAAUGACAAAUCAAGACAUACUGCCAGAGGAGUUUUUGGUAAAGAAGCCAGUGCUGUUCUAUGAUGAAAAUUCAAUGGAAAAUCUUUUCCAAUCAAUUAAGUAUAAAAGUAUGAACUUACAAGGACAAGACCAGCAACCAGAAUAAAACUUCAAAUAUAGUUCUUCUUUCAUGACAAUGAAUAGACCAUUUUCGAGUUCAUCCGUCACAGGGGAAAACUCGUCAAUUAUACGCGCCUUUAUAACGUCAUUUACCAGAUAGAGGGGGUCGCCUGUAUCCCUGCACUUUUAUCGUUCAUCAAGCGUCUUAGUGAUCGUCAUUGUGCAGGAUAAACUAGAAAUAAUUGUUAUUCCGUAGGUACUUAAUGAAAAUUCCCUAAUGAUAUCAGUGCUGAUUGUCAAUUUUGAGAAUUCAAUUUUCCGAAUAAUUCGUACAAUAUAAAAUUAUAUUUUUCCAACCACUCGCUCAACAUUGGAACGGAAGUGACGACGCCCCUAAACGCACAAAUGACGUUCACUAAAAUCAGAGUUUUUGACGGAAAUGCAUCGAACUCGAAAGUUGUCUAUUGAUUUACGGAAAUGUGUUUGUUAUUCGAUAGUUCUUUAUCUGUUAUUUAACGUCUAGUAUUCUUUACCAAAUAAUAUUCAAUAAAAUGGAUGAGAUAUUUAAAAGUGAAAAUGAAAUGCACACAAAGUCUAAAAGAACUACAAAAUGCAUUUGUGCAAAUAAAUAACCAAAACAAACAAAUAAAGUUUUAAUUUCUUUGAAAUCCAUCUGAUUAUUUUUCUUUCAAUUAUUUAUUUAUUCAUUUUUAAAAUUUUGUUUCUUGUUUUUCUGUCUUACUUAAAAUAUAUAUCUUAUAUAUCUUUAUAUUUCAGUACUACAAUGUACUUAAAAACACAAAUUAUAUGUUUUCAUAACCUGUACAUUUAUUAAUGUUUGAUAAUCUUAAUAGUAAACUUCGUUUUUGAUAGUACUGACAUGGUAUAUAUUUUUUUUAACUAAGAAAAAUUGUAUGUAUAACAAAAACUAACAGCUGUAUAAAUAUGUUAUUUACUAAUGUUAACGAGGCCGGUAUAAUAUACCGGUACUUGAUGUUUUCCAACUAACAAAUGUACAGAUUUAAAUAAAAUAUGAUAAAUUAAGAAAAAAGAUAAAAUGAACAUAAAGUGCUAAUGAAAUUGAUUUAAGUGCUC